AUGGAGGAUGAAGCCCAAUACUAUGACAAUGGCUGGGCCGAUGAUGAUGAUAACACGGCCUAUGCGGUGAAUUCAAACAAACAUCUCAAUGAAUUACAGCGACUCUCGGCAUUCCAGCAGGUGACGACCAAAGUACCACCCUCCUACGAUGGUAGGGGCAGCUGGUUUACCUACGAGGACGCAAUCGAUGAUUGGUGUGACAUCACAGAGCUGGAGAAGGAAAAGCAAGAACCGGCGCUGCGAAAUCGUCUUGAAGGUGAUGCUGCGAUCUACAAAAGAUUGCUGGAUAGGGAGAGACUGAAGGAUGCCAACACCGGCGUGCAGUACUUCAAGUCUUUUCUGAGGCCCCUUUUUGUCAAGGUCUAUCGUUUCCAGCAGUUCAUGAACAUCCACCGAGGAAAUGGAGACAUUCUUCGCUGGAUGACAAGAUUUCAGCUCAGUCUGCAAAGGAUGAGAGAUUCAUGGAAUGAUCUCUACAAUCCUAUCAAGGAUGUUGCGAAUCCUGAAGUAGCAGCUUUUCUUCAAGGACAAGGACUUACUCAAGAACAAUUUGAUGAACUUGGUGCUGAUGAAGUCCUAAGGCGAGUCAAUGAAAGACUUCCCCAAGCUCAUGCAAGAACAAUUCCCAUUUCAGAGAAUUUGGUUGCCUUGCUAUUUGUAGCUUUGGCAGACCUUACACAGGAUCAACGGCAAGUUCUGACUUCUUUGAUGACGCUUCGGAACCUCAGCCUUUCAGAAUACCGUCUAGAGCAGCUCAGGGACAUUUUCCUGGAGAUUUUCUGCACGACGAAGACAUCAGUAGACAAUCCACUCCUGGCGCCUUCAGGAUUGUCAGGAAAGAGAAGCUUCCUCGUCAUCGAGGAAGGAUACCUCGAAGACAGCUACGGCUUUUGGUGCGAAGACGACGAUGACGGCACCGAAGGCUUCUUGGACGCCUACGAAGACUCCUUUUGGGUGUUCGAUGAAGAGAACGAAUCCUGGUUCCAGAGGAGAUUUCAAGGAAGAACAGUCCGUAAAGGAAAGGGCAAAGGAAAGAGACGCCGAAAAGGCGGCAAGGCGAAGGGCAAAGGAGGCCGUCGCUUCUUUCGCCGCAAAGGCAAAAGAUCUCAUUAUACUGCCCAGGACACCUCGGAAUCGUGGCAAACAGACAACACCUGGAGCGACAGCACGUGGUGGUCCAAUGACAAUAGCUGGUAUGAAGCCUGGCAAGGCGAAUGGCAUCAAGAAGGAGAUGAAGAGUAUUUUGCCUUCAAAGGAAAAGGAAAGAAAGGAAAAGGCAAGAAAGGAAAAGGAAAAGGCCAUGGGAAAAAUGGAAAAGAUGGCGAUCAACAAGCCAACAUGGCCGAAGAUACUUCCAAAAAUCAAGGACAAUCAACCUCUUCAAUUUCCAAUCCUACACCUACCAUAGGUAGUACCUUCUUCGUGAUCGGUUGCAAGACAGAGGAAUUGGAAAGCCCUGUCCCAGCAGAGGUAUCCAAUGAUUUCUGCUGUGCAACUCACGAUGAAGAGGAAAGCUUUGUCUCAACAAAGGUAUCCAGAGAGUCUAGCUGGACAACUGAAGGAAAAUUGGAAAGCUCUGUCACAGCAGAGGAAUCCAAUGAAUUUAGUUGGACAACUAAUGACGACACUCUGGGCUACCUUGUGAAGGAGAUGCAGCCAACACUUGCGGUCCUCGACCUCGGUUGCACUCGCGCAAUGGUUUCGAGGCAGGGCGCGCAAGUUUUCAUGGAGUAUGUGGACCAGCAUCCACAUUGUGGCCUGUGGUACAAGCGUAAGGAAUCGAUCUCUCAGUUCUCCUUCGCCAAUAGCCAACAAGCUAAGUGCAAGGAAAAGAUCGUGAUCUACAUGUACGACAAGGAUUACGCUGAGCAGGCCACCGAAUUCGACAUUGUGGAGCAGGGUAACGAAUUAAGAACCUUGAGCUCAACAUAUCCAAGAGUAGUCAUUUGGUUUUUUGACCUCCUGGAUUUGGCUUCGUUUAUGUGGAACGUCAAGUUCCCUCGAACCCAUGUGAGCUUCUUGGUCAACAGUUCCAUCAACUACGAGUUGAGCAACUGCACCUCGGCUGACGCUUUCGCCGUCGAGGACGAGUGGGUCUUGGAUGAAAGAGAAAUGAAGAUGAAGUUGACGAGGAUCCACAAGAAAGCACGUUCGCAAAUUUUUGUCCCAGUUCAAUCAACUGUAGAUGACUGGAAGAGUACACUGGGCAAAGCCCAGCAUCGUACUGAAAAGCAGUGGAAAGGCAGAACUGUUUUCAAGAUCUUACCGGGUGGACUUGAGCGUAGGUCGACGAAGAUCUCUGUUAGGAGUACCGGGCCGAACAGACGCGGUAACCCGGAAGAUCAAAUCACCGGAAACUCAUCGUCGUCAGGUGCCAAGAAAUUUCAAGCACCAACGUCCAGGAUUAGGAAGAAGACUGAGGGCACUCCUGUUGCUCCUCCUGGACGUGAGAAGGUUGGAAGCGGUCCUUCAGGAUCGGAACCGAAACCUUUCUCCAUGUCAGAUCUUGAGGACGAUGAAAAGGAUCAGCAAAAAUCUGAAAUGCCAAAGAUGGCUGACCUGUUUCCAGACGAGCCUGUACAGGCACCCGGAAGGGAAGACACAGAACCCAGGCGGAUAGAUCUGCCUCUUCCGGGACAGGAAGUGUCACAGGCGACACCUGCCUUCAAGAAGAUGCUGGAGCGUCUGAGGAAUGAAGUGGAACUUUACAAGCUUCAUGUUAAGCAUUACCACAUGAGCUCCACGCAAUUCAGGCGACGUACCUCGAUGCUAGGACUUCCGGACGACAUCUACGAGAAGUACGAUCGCAUCUUGAAGGGAGUUGUUGGUGAUACUGCCUUUUUCACUGACGUUUUCAUGGACUAUUACAAGUUUCAUGGAAUUACUCCAUACCCGUGCGGUUCCCGCACGCCUUGGCCUAACAGGGCAGAAACAGCGGUUCGACUUUUCAAACGAUCAUGGGCCUUGAUGGCAAAGUCUCUUGUUGAAGAGGACAUCAUGGAAAAGGUCACCGUCCGUCAGGCAGUCAAGAAGGUGGUCUGGGCGCGUAACUGUCAGUUGACUGUUUCGGGUUACUCGCCACUUGAGAUUGCCACUGGUCGGAGACCCCCUGAUCUGUUUGAUGUUGAAACUGCUAAUCCUGAACGCCUGUCGGCCAAGCCGCUUCAUGAGGACGAGUUGGACUUGAAGCUUCAACGAAUUGCAUUGCGCGCUCACCAGGAAGCUCGUCAAGCGAUGGAUCUCCGUCGAGACCUUGCUAGACGAGUUAUGCCUUCUGAUGGACCUUAUGCCCCUGGAGACAAGGUCUUCUUUUGGCAUAAGGAUGAAUCCAAAAAGAAAGCAGAAGGAGCCUGGAUUCGUGCAAAAGUUGUGUCGCAAGAAGGUGCCAUGGUCACAGUUCAGACACCUAAGGCUAUUCACCGAGUGAAUCAGUCAAAGGUAAGACGUGAUCAUGAUGAGUGGCAUGAUGUUGCAAUUCCUCUUGAUCCUCCAAAGGCCCAAGAGAAGGAAUCCUCAGUUGCACCUCCAGUUAUCAUGGGUGACUUGAGCAAGAAGUUUUCCGCUGGCAAGUUCAGCGAGGAAAGCAUGCGACUGUUGAUGAGUGAGGUUCAUUCUUCUACAACUCACCUUGGUGGCUAUGAAACUUGGAUUGUUUCGAACUGCGUUGAUGGUGCUUUUGAAAGGAUGAAGGAGAUUCCAGGAAAGAACAAAAGUCCUGACGUCAACAUGGACAUUACGGAUCAACUUACUCCGGACUACACGGAGCCACAACCAACGGCUAACGGACCGGAUGAGGAUAUGGAUAACGGACCUCCGGGAAGCUUUCCCUCUGGAGAGGAACCCGGUAACGGACCUAACGGAGAAGAUAGAGACGUAGAUCUUGAUGAAGAAGAUCAGCCUAUGCCUCCUCCACUUCCUCCUCCGGAUAAUCCUCCGGGAAGCGGUCCUUCCGGAUCGGUACCCGUGAGUCAGCCGUCCGUUCAGCCGGCAGUUGUUAUCGACGAGGAAAUGCCGUUAGAGUACCAUGAGGAACCGGGACCGCCGCGUCCACCUCCGGACGCGCCGGGACCGCCGGAGUACGCGAACCCGGACGUGCCGAUGAAUGUUCCGGCAAUUCCGGAGAUUCCUCCUCAUCGGGACUUUCCGUUGCGGCCGGCGCGGCAACCGCCACUUCCGUCAACGCCGAUGAAGAUUCCGCCUCCGGGAAUGCUUCUUCCGGGGCAACCAGCUGUUCCGGUGAAAAAGAAAGUUGAUUCUCCGGGGGAACCUCCGGCACCUAGUGAGCCCGCGUCGUCAUCAAACUCGCGGCCGGGUCUUCCGGUGACGGAAGGUGAAUUUCCGAUUCAGCCUACGGAAGUUCCGCAAGGAGAUCCGGGGCCGGCUAUUCCGGAUGCGGACUCCGAUACGGACUCCGACGCCACCCGUGACUACGGAGAGUCGCAGUUCUCGACGUUAGAUUACGGGAUUGGUGACAUCCUUCUCUCCGUUCCUGACGGUACCAAAGUUCCAGAGUGGGCUACCUUUGACGGUGAUGCUUUUGAGUCCUGGUUGACGAAACAGGAUAAGUUGAAGGCUGGCAUUAUUACCGCUGAAAUGGCGCGUAAGUAUGCCAAAGAGAUCCGGCAAGCCAAGUUGGAGGAGUUCCACUCUUACCUUGACAAUGACGCUGUCCGUUUAACGGAUCGUCGUAAACUCGCGGCCGACGUGAAUUAUCUCACGGGCCGUUGGGUCUUGACCGUCAAGGUUGACAAGAACGGGAAGUUCCAGAAGUUCAAGGGGGAACACUACAAUUUGUCGCAACGAACGGUUGUUGUACAACUUCCCAACGACAUCGGUCUGCCUCCUUGGAUGGUCGGGCUCUGUAUGAGACCCGUCUAUGGCCUCAACGAUGCCCCUAGGCGUUGGUGGAAUCGACUUGACAAGUUCCUGAGAGCCAUAGGCCUCGAGCCUACAAGGGCAGACAGGUGCACAUACGUGUGCUACCAAGGCACUGAAGGCAAAAAUGUGAAGAUCAAUGCUUCCAAACUUGCCUCUCAUGACUCAAGCUUCUCCUCAGAGGAGGUAGAGUCAGAGACAGUGCCCCAGAACUCAAGCUUCUCCUCAGAGAAGGUAGAGUCCUUGUUGGGAUCGUUGCUUCAUGGUGAAGAACCUCCGUUGACCUUCGACCAGACGAAGGUGAGGUCCAAUCCAGAAGUAGAACAGUCUUUGAAGGCUUCCACCGCAAAAGGGCUCAUUGAUUAUGCCUGGAGACCUGUGGUGGACAAAGAACUCUUAUCCUUCCUUGAGGAAAAGGGUCUUAAGGACAAAGGCUGGUUCCCUUUCUUAGGUACCUGGUGGGUUCUGGAAAGAGCCACAGACUUGAGGAUUGAGAACAAGCCAGUUUUCCUGGAGGAAGAAGCUGCGAUUCUGGUCUCUCUGUUCCUACCAGAGAAGAAGGCUUAUGCCACAGACCAGACUCCACAGCUGACUCCAGAGUUGGUUGAUGAGUUGCUUGAACACUUUGUUGACCAGUGCAUGGCAGCAACAGCAAAGGUCGAUUGUCUGUUGGUUGCCUGUAACAAGAAGUACAUUUCCAUUGACCAGUCCUUGAAUGUUUCUGAACUUGAGGAGAUUGUGAUUCCUAAGAACCUGAAGGACGAUGUUAAGUGUGACAAGGCUUGCUACAGGUUUUCUCGUUUAGCUUCAGCUAGCGCGUCACCUACCAUAGGUAUCCCUGACGCUGCCUUUCGUAACAACUCGGAUAAAUCCUCCCAGCGUGCUAUGACCAUCUUCAUGGCCGAUGACCGGGUGAAGGGAAAGCGGGAGAUUGAUUCGCAUCCUCCUUUUCGGACUCUUUUGGAACACAAAGCCUUUCUGAACGCCUGGCUCAAGGAUGAGUUUGCGGGAUCGCAUGUGCAUGCCUCUGACACGUCAGGAGCAAUGGCACGGUUCGACGCAAGGACUUCCCAACAGAUGCCUAGUCAGCAGAAGUUUUCCACCUACGCUGCGUUGGUGGAGCAGACUACAAUGCAUGGGAAGCCCUGGGCCUCGUACGCGUCCUUCAGCCAUAGCGGUAAUUGGCAGAACCGCCUGAUGCUCCUCAGUAAGGAAAAAUACGAUGAGAACAAAGGGUACGACCGGAAGCUUCCUUUCGGGGGAGGAACCGGCGUAUUCAACAGGAUAGGAGACAGAUCCUAUGAAGGGAUUCCGAAUCUCCAACUCAUCCGUGUUUUCGACCAGACUCUCAUCGAGGGUCAACUCACGAUGAUCCAUGUGUACCGUGAGAAUGCGAGAUUCGGUACACAGUUGAGCACGACACAGGCCUGGAAAUACGAUUUUGUCAGAGCUUGCCUUGGCUGUCUCUCAAGACAGGAAAUUGAUACUCUGGCAAAUCUUGUUAAGAUCGAGGCGGCAUACAAUGCGAAGCCUAACUCGUUCUCAAACAAGAAUUCCAGGCAUUAUUCGUGGCUCCUCCGGCACGAAAUCGAGCGAGAACUGAUGGAUCCCCAGGACCACACAGUCGAGAUCGAAGAUAUCGAGAGGUUGGUCUGGUUUGAGAAUCUCUCCAAAUGGGAUCUUGAAGUGCGUGUAGGUUGCACCCAGGGUCACACCAGGGUUUCGCCUACGGCUGAUGUGACCUCACUUGGUGAGGAAAUCACAGCCAGCACAGCCGCUCAGUACGGCAGUGUCUUUCACGCCACUACGGUGGACAAUUAUCAGCCCAUCCGCAAUGAUGGCCUCAGGUUAGACGCUGUCCGUAAGGAUCCCAACCUUGAAAGCCGCAUGGCCAUCCACUUCAGCUACAUUGGUGGGACUGCCGCUCCUGGUCCGGGGACAGUUAUGAGGAAAGGUGACAACAUCUUCUAUUGCAUCCUUGAUGUGGAAUCUUUCCUAUCUUAUGGAAGCAAUCGGUUGUUCAUCAGUCGCAAUGGCGUUAUCCUUAGUCCUACGGAUGUCCCAGCCAUGUUUUUGAAGUUCACCACCAAGGAAAGGAACCUAAGGCUGGAAAAGGACAAAGUGCUGGUGGCAAAACUGGAAGCUUUCCCUCAGGAAAGGCCGUGUCCUCCACCAGCAGGUCCAAGAGUGGUGAAACAAAAGGCCAUGCCGAAGAAGCCGACUCAGCCAAAGGCCUCAAUCUCUGCACCAGUUCGUCCAGAGCGUACAUUUUCAGAGGUUGUGUCUGGUGCAGGCUCGAGCUCAGAUCGCAAGGCGGAAAGCGGUCCCUCAGGAUCGGUAUCCGCUGAUGUUUCCAUGACUGCUCCUCGUGAAGUUGUGGAGUUUUCUGAGCAAGAGCUUCGCGAACUCAUCGAGCAGGAUGAGGCCCGAAGGGUAGCCGCAGAGAUUCUGGGCAAGUCAAGAUCAGCCCAGUUGGCGUCCGAGGAAGAAGAGGUCCAUGUCACUUAUGUGCAUGAGGUCUGGGACGCAGAGUGGGUUUCCAGGGUGUCUUCGAACCCCUGGUUCCUUCUCGAUCGCGGCAUUCUGCAAUUGCAGGACACUAAUGGCCAAGUCCAGAAGAGCGCAUACGGUGAUCCAAUGAUUGCUGUGACGCCAUACUGUCGCCUUAGUGAAGCCCUUCGUGAGUCGUGCAGCGAAGAUCCCACGAAGUGGAUCCAAAAUCCAUUGUCAGGGUAUCCCGUCUUUUUCUUCACUGAAGCCUGGAGGCAUGGGAAGAUCAUGGGUACCCUGCAUGCCGAGCAGAAUCUCAAGACGAAGUUCUUGGCAGUGAUCAAGCACGUCUCUCCUAUUCCAGAUCUUGCGCAGAUCAUGGAGGUGUACGCUGCCUUCCUUCAACAUGAAACUGCUCGGUGGUGGAUGCAAGCGGUCCGCAAGUACGUUAAGUGGGAAGUUGGUUUUCCAAAUUUGCCGGAGAUGGUGCCAGAGAUUCCUCACAUAGACGACGUCGCUUACGACGAAAAGAUGAGGUUGUACUCUGAGUACCAGGAUCUCAAGCGAAAACACGAAGAGUUGAAAAACAUAGUCACUGAUUUUGACAACCUCCUGGAUAUGUUUCGUGAUCUCCUUGGCAGAGAGUUUCUUGGAUACUGUUUGUCUCAUGAAGAAGAAGGUGAUGAAGAUGAAACCUGGAGACAACAGUUUACAGCGAGCAUUCAUUCUGAUGCAAUGGAUCCAACGUCAAAUAGCAUUCCGCUGACCAAUUGUUCGCUCAACAUGCUUUUCGAACAUGCUCUUGCGUUGCGGAAAUAUGAGGCGGUGGUUCGUUUAGAACCCGACAGAGCCUUCCGCUCACAGUUCGCCCUCAAGGCCUUGCAGGACCUCAAGGACUAUGUCGGCUACAAGGCGGCAUCCCAGGCAAAGUUGGAUGAACUUUUAGGGAUUCCACUUCAAGAUCACAUUCUCGAGGAGCACCUCGAAAUGCUGCCUGGGCCAACUCUUGAGGAACUGGAAGAGGUCAUGGCUAAUCCUCCAGAACUUGACUUGAAAGGGAAAAGCGGUCUCUCAGGAUCGGUAUUCCUUGAAGUCAAAAAGGAGGCGCGAGCCACGGCGAACAUUGAAGAGCCGAAGUUGUUGAGUGUACAGCCAGAAACAAAAGUCCAAGGCGAGAUCCAAAGGAUUGAUGAGCCAAGAGCAUCCACCAAG